AUGAGCAAGGAGCAUGAUUAUGUACAAGAGUUCCAAGGGAAAGACUUAGAGGAAAACGAAGAUCUUCGGGCGUUAUUACAGCAGAAGAAGUACCUGGAGCGCAAGUUGGUAGAGAAACAGGAAUUUGAGACGAAAUUGCAGCAACUUUAUGACCAAAUAGAUAGAACAAAGAAUUACCAAGAACUUGUUGAUGGUCUUACAAACUGCAGAGCGUUACUUUCUGAGAUUUUCACUAGAGAGGGGCAGGCGAAGAGAAAUCCAUUGCAAGCUGGCCAAAUAGAACUGGAUUGGUCGAAAUAUGGACUUGACCUCGCAGCAUACGUGGCAGAACAUGAACAAUUACUAAAGUCUUAUGAACAAGGUAUGCUUGAUUGA